UAUUGACCUAAUAUACUACUGUUUUCCUAUUUUUAAACGCAUUAAGACAAACCUAAUCCUCCUCCUAUGAAACUGGCCCAAUUUCGCCAAACUGCCAUAAAUGCAUUCAAACCCUUCUUAUCUAUGAACGAAGGAAGGUUUCGUCGUCACUAGAUAACAAGCAAAAAUUUAACCUAUUUUGCACAAUUUGGAUGCAAUUUUGGUCUGAUAUUGUUUAUCUUAUCGUGAACGAGAAAUGGUAAAAAAAACCAAAACUGCAUUAAACCAUGCCCAGCUUGUCUAGACGACGGCGGGGGCACUUGAUGAUGCCAUUGAUUUCAGUUUAUAUUAAACACGCUACCGAUAGCAACGUUUUGUAGUACGUUCGUGCACGGCACGGUAGGUCAACGGUGAACAGCAUCGGGCUGCCCUGCCCUCCUCUACCCAGACGUGUACAUAAUGAUUCGUGAGCCCGAAUCGUUACCGUUUCAAACAGUGCGCCGACCGCAGCAGCAGCAGGGAUCAACCGCGGAGCAAGGGGAAGAGGUUGAGCACGGUGUGGAGGUGGCAGGAGGUACCACCGAUAGUGCGAAUGAAGCUCGCACACCCACGAUCGACGUGCACAACAUUGCGGGGCUAAUCACGAUCCUGACGGUGAACAUACACCAGCUAGAGUCGCUGCUGCAGGUGGGCUCGGAUUUGGGCUUCAAGUUCUGGCUCAACAUUGUGCUGGUGGCCAUCUCGAUUGUCUGUGUGUACCCGCUGCUAGUGCUGCGCAUGCUGCAGGGGGAGGGUAUUGCGCCCUCGCCACGCCGUUACUGGGCCAGCUUCGUGCUGAUGGCGAUCAUCUUCACCAUCAAUCUAACGCUGCAGAUUUUCAACGACUUGGACGCACAGUGUACCGCUCUGUUUAAUCAAGCAUUACCACCGGCGGGGCCACCCAACUGCAGUGCCGUCUGAGCCGGCAAUGGAGCGAAUUCGGAGGCCAUGGUCUGAACGCCGCAAGGAAUGCAUCGACUUGCUACACAUUAUCCUGCUAUUCGCCACAAUACUGUCCGUGAACGUGGCACAAACGAUCAACUAUCACCGUGCACACAGCGACAACAGCAGCACAGCCGUUAGUGUUUUGUUCUGGCUCGCUAUUUUGGCCAUUAUAGUCGUAGCGCUGUUGCUGGUGGCCAAUGUAAUGGUACUGUUUUGGCCGAAGCGUUCGGCGCGGACUCGCUCCAUAGACAUACUACACA